AUGUGUUGCGGUGGCCGCGAAAUUGAGGUGGUGAGGGUGGGAGGGGAGAAAUUGAGGGUGGGGGAGGUGGCUGCGGUGGCCGGGAGGAUGGCGGCGGUAGAGCUGAAUGAGGGGGCAAGGGUUAGAGUUAAGGAGAGUAGUGAAUGGGUGAUGGAGAGUGUUCAUAAGGGUACUGAUUGUUAUGGUGUCACUACUGGCUUUGGUUCAACCUCUCAUAGAAGAACUACUCAAGGUCAUGCCCUUAAAACUGAGCUUAUUAGGUUUCUGAAUGCUGGAAUAUUUGGAAAUGGAACAGAACCAUGUCAUACAUUACCACACAAUGCAACAAGAGCUGCAAUUCUAGUAAGAAUCAACACACUUCUUCAAGGCUACUCAGGAAUCAGAUAUGAAAUACUAGAAGCCAUUGCAAAACUUGUCAACCACAACAUUACACCAUGUUUACCGUUGCGUGGAUCAAUUUCCGCCUCAGGUGACUUAAUAUGCCUUAUUAAUUGUAUACGCACAUUAUUCUGGAUUGGUUUAUGCCUAAUUUAUUGAAUCUAAAGCCUUAUGCCUAAAAAUUAGCACUGGAUUGGUUCUUCUCUGUCUUAGUUAGUUCUACUGCUUCCUUUGUGCUAGUUUUGACAGAUAGAGGCUGAGACUUUAACAUAUUGAAGGCAAACAGAGG